CCGCGGAGCAGCUGGGUGCAGGCAGCUGGGCGGAGGAGGAGGAGGAGGAGAGCGGAUCCCAGGAGCCUCGCUGCCUCUGCUGUGGAGGCCCAUGUCUCUGGGAGGCCUCCCGCCGGCUCCUGCACCCCGCAAGAACCUGCAUCCUUGGAGGGAGCUGUCCUCGCCGCCCCCGGAGAGCCAGGCCGGGGCUCCCCUCGGAGCGGAGCCCCGUGACGGCCUGGCCAUGCCCGCCCCCCUGGGCUGCCUGGGCCUUCGGCUGGAUGAGGAAGAUGAGGAGGACGAGGAGGGGGCUGCGGGCCCCGAGGCCUCUCGCCGAAGGUUCAGGAGGUUCCGCUACCAGGAGGCAGCCAGCCCCCGCGAGGCCCUGAACCGCCUCCGGGAGCUCUGCGUUCUCUGGCUCCGGCCGGAGGUCAGCCCCAAAGAGCAGAUCCUGGAGCUGCUGGUUCUGGAGCAGUUCCUGAGCAUCCUUCCUGUGGAGAUCCGGGCCUGGGUGCGGGAGCAGGGGCCCCAGAGCCCCGAGGAAGUGGUGGGGCUCGUAGAAGGGCUGCAGAGGAACCCCUCGAGGCUGAUGCACUGGAUCAUGGGCCAGAUCCUGAGACAGGAAGGACUUUCGAUGGAGGCGGAGCCCCGGGGCGUCCAGCCAGGAACCAAAGGGCAGAAGGAGAAGGAGCUGCGGCCUCUGCCAGACGCCCAAGAAGAAACGAGCCAGGACAUCAAAGAGGAGCCCGCUGGGCCUCAGGAAACCACUCUACCCGCUCCCCAGCCCCCUGCCCAGCCUCAGGAGGGGAACGGCCACCACGCAGAGACGGCAGCCUCCUUCCUGCCUUCAGGAUCCCGGGAGGAGUGGGGCCUGCUGGAUCCCUCUCAGAAGGAGCUGUACUGGGACGUCAUGCUCGAGAAGUACGGCACCGUGGUCUCGCUAGGAGGAAGGAACCAGAAGUCCAGGGAGGCUGCGAGGCCCCAGGCGUCUCCACAUGCGGUUCCCCGACAAGGCCAGGGAGACGGGCCAGUGGCCGGUGUGGGGAGAGGCCUUUGGCUGGGGGCUGACCCAGGAAGCCCUGGAAGGAAAAGCAAAGCCCCAGCGGCAGCUGCUGCAGGGACAGUGACCUGGGAAAGCCCCCCAGGCAGGGGUGCCUGCGGGGGCGGGCUGUCCCUGCAGGGUCCCUCGGAGCAGUCAGCUCUGUGGAUGGACAGGGACAAAGGCCUCUUUCCGAGCCCGAGCCCGGGCACUCGGGAGAAGCCCUACCUGUGUGACGAGUGUGGAAAGGGCUUCGACUGGAAGUCUGUGUUUGUCAUCCACCAGAGGUCGCACGCAGGCCGGCGGGAGCCCCAGGACCCCAGGGCCAGGGCCAGUGCAUCGGCCUCAGCGGGGCCCGGGCCGGGGGGCGGCAGGGCCUUCCGGGAGUUGGCCAUGCUGCGCAACCACCGGCGCAGCCACACGGGUGGCGACAAGAGCUAUCAGUGCCCCGAGUGCGGGAGGGGCUUCAACUGGAAGUCACAGCUGGUUAUCCACAAGAAGGCCCAUGUGGGGGGCGACAAGCAGCACCCGUGCGCCGAGUGUGGGGGCAGCUUCGACUGGAAGUCCCAGCUCAUCCUCCACAAGAAGGCGCACCGGAGGGGGGACACCGUAUAGGCCCCUCACCCACCCCUCAGAGACUCUAAGGGACCUAAUAAAGGCCUUUGCACCUUU